CUAUCGCUAUGAAGUGCUCAAUAAUAUUACUUGUUUUGAUGCUUUGUAAAGACCAGCACAUUACAGGGAGCCCGCAAUCCUUUAAAAGGGCAGAAAAAUACGUGCAUUCAAAACGUUCCCAGCCGCAUGACCCUCUGAUGUCGGGACACACGUUGGGACGGACGCGGGAAACUGUGAUGGGCAUGGGAUUGGAGAACGGCAGAACGGAACUGGCUAAUGUGACGGAGAACUAUUGCUGCUUUUGGGUGUAUCAGGGUCACCCGGCGUUGCCGGACAUCUGGGAGCAUCGCAAGGAAUAUGCAUUUGAUUUCCUAUUCAAUGGCAAAUUCGUGAAGAAUCAGCGCAACUAUCAGGAGCAGCUAGUUCGUCCAAUCAAUUGAACCACUGAACCAAGUUUAAAUUAAACCUACGGCACAUAGUUUUGCUUGCACAUCAAA